CGGUAAUAUAAAUACGUUGUAAUUCGUUUAUUUCCGCGUGGAAGCUCACCAUUUCUUUAGUCCACCAUCUCCAAAAGGCUCAGGCAUCAGAAUCCCCCAUCCUAUACUAAUCGGAGCUUUUUCCUCCGAAAAUGUCGAACGGGGACCUAGAUCAGAGAAAUGCUAGUAUUGACAUUGAGGAGUCAACUGCAAUGACAAUUGAGUUUCUCCGAGCACGGUUGCUGUCUGAAAGAUCUGUAUCGAGAUCAGCAAGGCAAAGAGCUGAUGAAUUGGCCAGAAGGGUACUGGAACUGGAGGAGCAGCUAAAGAUUGUGUCUCUAGAAAGAAUGAAAGCUGAGAAGGCAACAGCAGAUGUCCUUGCCAUCUUAGAAACAGGUGGGGCAAGUGAUCUAUCUGAGGAAUAUAAUUCAAGUUCUGAUCAGGAAGCAACUCCAUCUGGAUCUGAGGUUGGUCGUAGUUCCUUGACGGGGGAAGAAAACUUGGCAGAUCAGAGAUCAUGUGGUAGAAGCUUGUCUUGGAAAAGCGAGAAGGAUUCCCCAUGUUUUCUUGAAAAGAAGUACAAGAAUUCUUCUAGAAGAAGGCAUGGGAGUGUUAUAUCAAGUGCUAAUUCAUCACCAAAACAAGUUGGAAAAUCAUGUCGCCGCAUAAAACGCAGGGAGACCACGGAAACUUCUGUUGUCAGAUCAGCUGCUGAUCAACUGCAAAUUGACACAAAUAGGCUUCCUUUAGAAGGUUGUGAAGUAGCUGAAAGCCCCAAUGUUCCUACUAUUGCUGAUAAUGUGCCUGCAACAUCUGAAGAACCUUCAGAGGUCUUGGAAAAUCAUAGAUUAUCUAAUGGUCACUCAUUGAGUGCUCAUGGAGAAGAUAAAGAUAUGGAAAUUGCGUUGGAACAACAAGCCCAACUCAUACAACAGUAUGAAGCAGAGGAAAAAGCUCAAAGAGAUUGGGAAGAGAAGUUCAGAGAAACAAACAGUCGUAUACCGGUUUCCUUUGACGUUGGAAACCAUUCAGAUGUUACUGAAGAUAGGGAUGAAAGUAGGGAACCAGCUUCGCCAUUUGGCGAAGACACAUUUGUGUCUUGUAACCAAGAACCAAGCUUAGCAGACGAGCGUUUAUCGGUUAGUUAUGAACCUACAAGAGUUAAGAAAUCUACCAGCAAUGUUGCUUUUAAAUCCCAAGCAUCAGAUGUUGCACUUUCUAAAGGUGGUUAUGAUCAACAGCAGUCAGUAGCUCAUCAUUAUUUUCCACCUGUGAGCCAGUACAAUGGUGUCCCCCAGAUGGAGAACACAGAAGUAUUCUCCAGCACUACCAAUGGCCUGAACAAAGAAGCUUCUGGAAGUACUAACCAGUUUUCUCUGAUGCCUCAUGAUACCUCCAAUAAACUUGGAUCUGUCUUGGAGGCACUGCAACAAGCUAAGGCAUCACUUAAACAAAAUCUGAAUAGAUCCCCAAUAUUAGAUUCUGGACCAGUGAGGCCCCUAAAUCCUUCAGUUCGUAUUACGGGAAGUGAGAAUGGAUUUGAGUUCCCUGUUGGAUCUGCUGGACUUUUCAGGUUGCCUACGGAUUUCCAGCAUGAAACAACAGCCCCAGGCCACUUUCGGAGGUCUGGUUCACAAUUAAGCUCGACAAAUAAUUCUCCUGGACCUGUUGGAGAUAGAUUCUAUCCCAGCCCUUACAUGCAGUCUCGAUCAAAUAGUCCUGGUGAUGGACUUUUUACCACCCGUGCGAAUCCUUACAUGGACCCUAGAUCAACACUCCCUACAAUGUUUCCUGUCUUCCGCACUAUGUUGGAUUCAGAACGUAAUACUGCCCUUGCUUACAGCUCGCCUGAUCCUCGUUUAAAUGCGGGUCUACCCUCUGGCAGUCGAUAUUCAUCCCUUGAUUAUCCUCCCUACCCAGAAAUGGUGCGAAGGAUGCCAGCAGAAACUGCAUUGUCAGGACCUGCUGCAAAUAGAGACAUGGGAGUCCGUUAUCCGUCUCAUUCACAACAUUACGAUGAUCCCAGGCAAUAUAUGUAUAGGUAGAUGCUUAAAAUGUGAAUUGUGUUUCUGACCAAAACACUUGCAGCUGGAGGCCAGAGAACUGAGAAGUAUGUGAUUUGAUAUUUCAUAUACAGAUCAUGUAUGUCUUCUUUCAUGUUGUAGAUGUAUUUUGGAUAUUUAGCUGCCACGAGUUGCUGCUCGUGAUCUUUGUUUGUAUAGGGUGUCCGUUGUUGCAAAAAAUGCUGCUUCUGUACUGAUGUUGUGCAUUAAAAUUUGGAGAAUUGGGGACACAAUCUACGCUUGUAACUUUGGGUGUUAAUACAUCUAGCUUAGAUGUAAUAUUUCGUCCAUUUGAUCCA